AUGCGUUGCUUCAAGAAAUGCGAACUAAAAAUGAUACGCCGUGGUGUAGCUGCAUUCAGCAUGUACGCUGCAGUUUAUAAACUACCAGUGAAAAAUGUUUAUGCUAAUUUGGAGCUUCAUAGGAGAUCCAAUGGCUAUAAGCCAUUUUUAUUUAAUCAAAGUCUGGACUAUUGCUUUUACAUGCGCAAUCCCAAAGCAUAUGCAUUCAUCAAUUCCAUACACGAUACGUUUCUUAAUUACUCCAAUAUGAAUCACACCUGUCCGUAUAAUCAUGACAUAAUUAUAAACGACAUGGAAUAUGGCAAAAACUCUUUUAAUCAAAUACCACUGCCAAAUGGCGAAUACAUAUUGUGCCUAAAGCUUGCGGUGUCGAAAGUUUGGGUUGCCGAAAUAAAACUUUACUUUAGUCGACUCGAUUGA